UAUAGCUACAAUGGGCGGAGGGAUGCUCUCAUGCCAUAACGUCAUUCAUGCGGUUUGUUGUGAUUGGAGCAUAGGAGGAAAGUCUGCUGAAGUGUUAAGUGGACUUUUGUGGAAAAUUCUGGAGGAAUGCAAUCGUCUUAAUGCCAAAUCUGUGGCGAUGCCUUUGUUGGGAACAGGGAAACACAAUUUUCAGGAAACUGUUGUUUUACGUUUAAUGAGAGAAAAGUUCGAAAUAUUCAGUUCCAAAUUUACAAAAAGUUUACUAAAGGAAAUCAUUUUGGUAAGAUAUGAUCCGGGAGGAACACGAAAAAAGAACUUAAACGACGACGCUUCAUCGCAUAAAAAGCCGAGUUUUGUUCCUCUUGCGUUUGGCUGCGGCAAAGAGUCCAUAACGCUUCAGGUUAUGGGACGUUCCGACCAAAAAAUGUUGUUCGCCUUUCAAAAAAUCGACGAGUUUAUCCAUCACAACAUCAUCACAAAGAAGGUUGAUCAUAAAAAUCUUUACGAUGUUCUCCUAAAAUAUGCAAGUGAAUUGAAAAAGAUUGCAACGGAUGCUCGCAUAAGGAUGGAAUGUGAGAAUGAACAGACGAUUUCAUUGACAGGUUUGAACACCAAUGUUAUUCAAACGAGCACAAUUCUCAAAGAUUUCAUAAGCAAGCUCACUGAAGAUGAAAAAAGACUUAAACGACUGACAUACCUGUCAGAAAACGUUCAAUGGAGUUACCAAGAUGUACACAAUAAAGUUAUCCAUUAUAAUAAAGAGUUGAGCAGUAUACUCGAGAUUGCUCGAAUGCAUGAUGAACAAACAGUGGAGUUCACAGAAUCAGAUGGACAAGUAUUCAAUGUAGAUUUCUCACAAAUGAAAGCCACCAGCAGAAGGACGGGUGAAACAAAGACAUUGUUGAGAAAGAUAAUUGGAUUUAAUUCUGUUCCAUCAAGUUGGUCACCCCAGCCUUCCGAUCAAGUUGUCAAUCUUGUCGGACUGACACGAUCAUCCUCUGAAUACAUCGAGAUUAAAGAUUACUUUGUGGCUCGAGGAGGAAGAUCUGAUCAAAUUUAUGAGAUUAAUAGAAUACAGAACCCUCGUUUGUAUUCUCGCUACCAGGCCUUUAAGAGUUCCAUGUGUGGUGAUGUGAAUGAAAUGCGUCUUUUUCACGGCACUAAUCCAAACAACGUUCGUUCAAUAAAUUCAAAUAACUUCAGCCGAAGCUUUGCAGGAGUAAAUGCUGUAAAAUAUGGAAACGGAGUAUAUUUUGCCAGAGAUGCAUCGUAUUCUCUCAAGUACUCUCUUCAUCAGUGUUCUGGAUCGCAACCAAAGAUGUACAUCGCCAAAGUUCUUGUUGGAGCGUACACAUUGGGUAAGGAGGGACUAAAGGAGCCACCAUCAAGAAAUGAUCCCGGUAACCCAGGUCUACUCUAUGAUUCUGUUGUGGAUACUCCAAGCAAUCCAACAAUAUUCGUCAUUUUCCAAGAUAACCAGUCCUAUCCUGAGUAUCUUAUAACAUUAAACAAACAAUAAAGCAGUUUCAGGAGACUUUCGUCUCUAAAUACGAAGUAAAAAAGUUCUGCAAUUCUUAUUUUAGUAAUGAUCAAUUUUAUUCUGCACAUUUCUUUUACAAGCUAGAGACAUUUCUAUAUAUUUUUCUUAACUACAAGUUUGUGUUAUGCAUUCUACGUAAACAUUUGAUAUUUACUGCUGAAUUCAGUAAUGUGAAUAUAGCUGAUUUCAUUUUCUUUCUCGACAACAUGUCGUAGAUAUUUAUUCUUUUCAAUUUAAUUUACUGUAAACUCCAUUCACAUGUACAACAAUGUAACAUUAAAUCUUCUGUUGAGAUGA